AUGGAUUACUAUUUUAAAGGAGAUUUACCUUUAAUGGGUAAAUUUUUACCUCUACUGGAGAAAGAAGGGCUAAAAGCUUUUAAAUUAAUUAUAUUUAAAUUAGAUAAUAAUAUAUUUGGUAGUCAAGACGCUUUAAUAUUAGAACAGUAUCAUUUAUUAAGCAAAGAAUUCAACUUGAAUACUUUAAGAGUUGUUAAUGCAGGAUCUUCAAAAGGUGAUGCUGUAUAUGUUUAUGAUUUAACAUGUAGUACUCUUUACUAUCAUGCUAAAUCUAAUAUUGAGUUAAAAAGAGUGUUAAAAAUACAUACUGAAACUAGUAAAAAGUAUGUAGAUUCUAAAUUACCAUAUCUUAAUAAAUUCUUACUAUUAAGCUAUCCCAUACCUACUGCUCUAACAAGCAAGCUUUCAGUAAAUGAAUUAGUAGAUAUGAUGCAAAAAGAAAGACGUGAUGCAUAUAGCUUAGGUACUCGUAGAAGUAUUUCAGUUGAAUUAGAAAUUAAAGAAGGAAAUACAUUUGUAGAUUAUAGAGGUCAAAAAUUAAAUUUUGAUUCUUUAACAUCUUGUAUUGAAUAUUUAAGAAAAUUAGGUCUAACUAUUAAAAGAGACACUCUGACUAGAUAUAUUAAUAAUGAAAAGUGUUUCAGAAUUUCUUAUGUAAAUACUCAGAUAAAGUUUUACCUGAUAAUUUUGAAGAAGUAG